UUUCCCAGAAUGCACUUCGGUCUCGGUUUUAGGAAAAUUGUCAGAUAUACUUCGACGGUGAUUUCUAUUGACAAACAUUUACAUUAUUUUUUCACUUUUAUUGAUUUAUAAAUAUAAGCUUAAUUGUUCGUUAUUGUAACGAAAACAUUUCGAUAGUUUUAUCGAACUAUAUCUCCCAUGAUGCUUAUCAGCGAAAGGGAAUUAUUGUUCCCACAGUUGAGUUUUACAAAUUUCUUGUUAUGUUAUAAAAAUUAUAAUAAUAGAGUUGUACAGGGGAAACAUUAUCUAGAGCGGGAGGUUGUAAUUUGGGCGUGUUUUUAAUGAACUGGACGGGUUAGAUAUUAUCUUUUCGUUCUGGCAGGUUUCGCUUCUUAUUAAGGAGGACGUGGUCGAGAAGGGUGCAGACCAUAAUUAGGACAUCUUUGGGGCGCUGGUAGUUGCUGAACGGAGGAGAAGAGGAGGUCAACAGUGGUGCUAUUGCUAGCGAAUGUCAGUGAAAAGUGAAAAGGAUUGUGGGCGGAAAUCAACAGACGAAAUCCCGGAAGCGGAAGUAUCUGGCACUCACAGUUUGACAGUCAUUGAAACCUGAUGAUUGUCCACCGGCUGACCUCAAGAGGGCUGAUAAACCUUUAUGCUCCUCUAAGGAAGGGGUGUUGCAGUCCAAGUAUGACCAGACCAAGUUCAGACCUGGCAGCCUUUAGGGAGCACUUCUCCAAGGCAUCCAAUGUAGUCAUCCUCACCGGGGCAGGGGUGAGUGCAGAGAGUGGAGUCCCCACCUUCAGAGGAGCGGGGGGCUAUUGGAGAAAGUGGCAAGCUCAGGAUCUUGCCACUCCUGAGGCCUUCUCUAGGAACCCCUCUCGUGUCUGGGAGUUUUACCACUACCGUCGUGAAGUUAUGCUUACGAAAAAUCCUAAUCCAGCUCACCUGGCCAUCGCAGAGUGUGAGGAGCGUCUGGCCAAACAGGGCCGUUCUGUUACUGUCAUUACUCAGAACAUUGAUGAACUUCACCGCCGUGCUGGAUCCAAAAAUAUCCUUGAAAUUCAUGGAAGUCUGUUUAAAACACGCUGCAUAAAUUGUGGUCAUGAAGCAGCAAAUUACAAGAGCCCCAUUUGUGCUGCUCUGGAGGGCAAAGGAGCUCCAGACCCAGAAACACACGAUGCUCAGAUCCCUGUCCAGGACCUACCCAGGUGUGAACAAGCAGGGUGUUCUGGUCUGCUGAGGCCAUGUGUGAUUUGGUUUGGAGAGGCUCUUGAUUCAAACACCCUAGCUCAAGCAGAGAAAGCGCUGGAUAAAUGUGACCUCUGUUUAGUGGUUGGCACGUCGUCGGUGGUGUAUCCAGCGGCCAUGUUUGCACCUCAGGUGGCUGCAAGAGGCGUACCUGUGGCAGAGUUCAAUCUAGAAGACACACCGGCUACUAUGCGUUUCAACUUUCACUUUCAGGGUCCAUGUGGAACGACCUUGCCCCCUGCCUUAAGUCCCCAUGCAUCUGAAAAACAAUGACAAUUAUCUACAGAAAUUACUGCUUAAUGCUGGAUGGUUAUUGGGGAAAACCUUAGGAUAGUCGCUAUUUAUUCCUAACAUUACACAUGAAGAAUCUAUAAGAAUUUGAAGACACAAUGCAACACAUAUGAAAACAACCACUCUAAUAGAAAUUCCUUAAAUGUAUGUCUUAAGAGUUCAUAAUAUGUUUUCGAAUUAGGUAAAUACAAGUCGUCAUAUGAGAAACGCAAAAUAUUAGAAUCACAAAUAAGAACCUUAAUGUACUGAAAUGUAAUUCUGCACUACAGGAGAAAAAAAAACACUGAGUUCUUUGAAAUAUAAUUCUGCAGCCCUGUAAACAAGUAUAAAUAUUUUGGUUAAUAAAUACCUGUCUUUCCUUUCUGCUGAUACUCUUUUUUUUUCAUGAAACUUAAUAGUUUAUUGGCUCACGUUUGCUGAGUACCUGUCACAAGUAUUUUGCAAUGUACCGAAUGCAUGGCAGUAGGGGGCAGUGUUCAACCACUGCCAUAUUAAUUCCCUCGGCCAUGAUUAUAUCUGGUUUCAUUAAUGCAUAUAUUUUUAGUCUUUAGAGCAAUUGCACUGAUUUAGCCUGCCAGUACUACAGUUGAACAAGUAUAGUAAAUGAAAAUCUCUUUGAAAGCAUGAAUUUGAAAUGAUAAUAACAAUUUCUUAUCAAUGGAAGACUAAUUUCUUUGUGACACAUCCAUUCAGGUUGAAGAUAGAGAUGGAUGAAAUUUCUCUGUAGGGAUUUGUACACAAAACAAAACUU